CAGCUUUUUUUUUAUCUUAAUGCUAUGCUAUAUCUGUCCUUUCAGUGUUCUCUCUAUACCUCUGUUUUAAAAGAUAUGCUUGUGAAUUGACAGAACAUAACUGACAAAAUGACUUGGAUUAAAGUUAGCUGUAUUUUGGAGAUUUUAGUAAUCUUACUGAGACCACUAACUCCACCCUGGAGUUCUGUAUAUAAACAUCUUCUAAAAACUCACUGUACCAAAGCCAGUAAUUAAAAAUUUGUAUUAGUUUUUGUAAUAAAAGUGCCUUAGCACUUAAGUCACGGAACAAAACUGGACUUGGAUAGUAUUUCAGUUCAGCUUUAGCAUGCUACCUUCUAAAGAAUAGCUUAGAUUGCAAAUCAGUUUCUUUGAUAAAUGAAGUGAAAUACAAAGGGAUGAAAUAACUGUAACGCUUCAGGUGAGACAGACCUAAGGAAGAUCAAAUUUAAAAUCACGCUGCUUUGUCAUUCAGGUGUUUUUUUAAAAACAAAAGUCCUCUCCCGUUUUAAAGCACAGGUGAGACAAUGUACAGUUUUGUGCAUCAUGCAUGAAAAUGAGAUUAACUUGAAAUGCUGGACGUCAUUUUUUUAGCUGAAUUAUUAAAAUACCAAUCAAUAAUUUUAACUUACAUUUUAGAAACCUAACAUUGAAAUAUUUAAGAAGCUGGAUUUUGGAACAAAAUUGGGAGUUUAUAUCGAAGAAAUGCUGUGGCAGUUCUAAAACUCUUGCAAACUGAUAUCCAUGUUUCAGUGUUGCAUCAUCUUGUGUUGAGUAACAGAAGUUCUACUGUUCAUUGAUCAAUGUGAGAGUCUUUAGUAGUUUACGCAAUGAGCCAAACUCGUGGGAGAUAUGACUUCUGUAUUGGUCUGGUGUUGGCUAUGAGCUCCAGCAUUUUCAUUGGAGGAAGUUUCAUCCUGAAAAAGAAGGGCCUUCUCCGGUUAGCUAGGAAAGGCUCCAUGAGAGCAGGUCAAGGUGGUCAUGCGUACCUUAAGGAGUGGCUGUGGUGGGCUGGACUUCUUUCGAUGGGAGCUGGCGAAGUAGCUAACUUUGCUGCCUAUGCUUUUGCACCAGCUACGCUAGUGACUCCUUUAGGGGCUCUCAGUGUUCUUGUAAGUGCCAUUCUGUCAUCCUUCUUUUUAAAUGAAAAACUUAAUCUACAUGGAAAAAUAGGGUGUUUGCUAAGUAUACUGGGAUCAACUGUGAUGGUAAUUCAUGCUCCACAAGAGGAGGAAGUAGAAACUUUGAACGAAAUGUCCCACAAACUAGGUGAUCCAGGUUUUGUGGUCUUCGCAACUCUUGUUGUCAUUGUGUCUUUAAUUCUAAUAUUUGUGGUGGGACCUCGCCAUGGACAGACCAACAUUCUCGUGUACAUAACAAUUUGCUCUGUAAUUGGAGCGUUAUCAGUCUCCUGUGUAAAAGGUUUGGGCAUUGCUAUAAAGGAACUUUUUGCAGGAAAACCAGUGCUGAAACAUCCCUUGUCUUGGAUUCUGCUGCUAAGCCUUAUUGUCUGUGUGAGCACACAGAUCAACUAUUUAAACAGGGCUCUGGAUAUAUUCAACACUUCGGUAGUGACUCCAAUCUAUUAUGUGAUCUUUACAACAUCUGUUUUAACUUGUUCUGCCAUCCUUUUCAAGGAAUGGCAACACAUGGUGGCUGAUGACAUUAUUGGCACCUUCAGUGGCUUCCUGACUAUCAUUGUGGGGAUCUUUUUAUUGCAUGCCUUCAAAGAUGUUAAUUUCACCCUAGCAAAUCUGCCUGUCUCUUUGCGGAAGGAUGACAGAGCAGCAAAUGGUACUUUGCUGAGCACAUACGACUGCUUUAAUCAUGAGGAAGAAAGUUCUGCCUGUCUAGGUGAAAUACAAACCACAGAGAGUCUCUCAGCCAGGAGGAAUGGAAGUCUGUCAGCCUUCUGAAAAUAUCUACAUGUUACUUAAGGAAAGAGAAGUUCUGUAACUCUGGAAUUUUUUUUUUCUGCUGUGAAAUGUCUGAGCGUGUCUGGAAAAUCAUACACUUUUUAACAGUCUGUGUAGACAAUCGUUAAUUUUUAAGUUUGAUUAGUUUGGAUAAAGAACACUGAAGGACUUUUUUUUUGCCUUAUUUUUACUUUAAAAAAUACUAAAAUGACCUCAGACCACAGUUGGUUUUGUUGCUUAAGUUAUGUGUAAAUACUUCAUUUCAUUCUUCUGUUUUAAGAUGUAUUGCACUAAUGACAACUUUAUCAAAAAUAAA